AUUUUUACUAAAAUUACCCUUUUAAAACCUUAUAAAAAACAAGUGAACCAAGAACGAUAGAGACGAAUUUGAUGGUUUCCCAAUAACUAAUGAAGCAGUAGGCGAAAGGAAUCAAGUUUCAUUUUCUAUUUUUUAAGUGUUUUAAUGAGUGAAAAUUUGUUGAAGAUACAUGGAUCAAAAUAGUUAACCUAUUGCCAUUUGAGACCACUUAUUCUCCAAUAUGACGAGAUUUAAAGUUCACCUUUCACCGUAAAUCCAGUGAUUGUUUUUAUCUUCAAUGUGGAACUCGUCAUUAAAACUGCGGGGCACCAAUGCUUACUCUGAAAGAGAAUUGUAUGAUGGUGAUAGCAAAGAAUAAGAAACAAAUGAAAACAAUAAAGGGUAUGGAUUACAAUUGGACCCCUGCUCCAGAGAGCCUUAAUAACCAGGAUGUAAGUGUUCCAAGGGCGGUGUUUAUUCCUCACUCAAAUUCCUUGCCAUUUGAAGAAAGACGCGUCACAUUGGAGCAACCUGUCAAGAUUGGAAGGAAUGUCUAUCGCUCGUCUCCGUCACCAACGAAUACAAUAUUCGAAUGCAGGGUGUUAUCGCGACACCAUGCCACACUGUAUUAUGAUAAAGGCCACUUUUACCUUGUGGACAACCAAAGCAGCAACGGCACAUUUGUUAAUAACAAUCGGUACACGCUGGCGAAGGAACCGCACGAGGUAUACUCCGGGGAUAUAGUCCAGUUCGGCAUUCCCGUUGUCGAGAAUGCCGGUAAUUCGGAAAAGAACACGUUUCCCCCCGUCGUCGCGCUCCUCAAACUCUACCACCCCGACGGCCAGGAGGCAAAAUUGUCGUUCAAUCCCGCCAUGACGACCCCACUGCACCUCAAAGAGUUAUACCAAUUAAACAAUUUCGUUCAGGAAGCGAUCCAGCGCGAGGCGUCGCUGGAGAGCCGGCUGCGCACGCUGCGCGAGUGCGUGGAGCGCACGCGCGCCGAGGCGGCCGCGUCGUGGGAGCUGUUCGUGGGCGAGCAGCGCCUGCUCAUGCGCGUGCACACCAUGGAGGCCAUGCUGGCGGCCGGCAAGAACCCCGACGCGCACCACGUGGCGCAGCUGCUCACCGACAAGAGGAACUACCAGGAGGUGGCGCAGGAGAGCCUGCGCACGGCGCACGAGCAGCGCCUGGCGCUGGAGGAGUCGCUGGAGCGCCGCAGUCGCGAGGCGGCCGCGCUGCACCACCACAACUACGCGCUGCGCCUCGCCGCCUCCGACGCGCUGCAGGAGCUGCAGAAAUUAGCAGCCCGUUGUGACCGUAAGAUGUGUGCAGCGCGCCUGGCAGUCGCUGCCGCUGAAGAGAGGGAGCAGACGUUGAGGAAACACCUGCCUCUUGCUUACUCUGUACAAAACGGCGAAGCGAAGAUGUUAGUGGUGAGCACAGACAGCAACAAGCUGCAGGAGGCCAAGCGCAACGGCUCGCUGGAGGACGCCGUGCGCGCGCUGCCCGACUACAUCAAACUGCUGCUGCCGCAGCACUUACUCAACAAGGUGGGCAUUAAGGCGAUAUCUGCCGAAGGAAAGUCAGCAAAAGAAUUUGAACUAAUAUUGAAGCAAAAUAAUAUAUAUAAUUUCGAAGAAAGAGAAAAACAACAAACCGAGGAGGGCAGUGUCGGAGGCAGCGGCGAGAAGCCUGGUGAUUCAGAUCUUUGUACUGACGAUGAGAAGCAUUCAAGGCUUAACCAUGAUACAACUGUUCACGAAGUGGAAAGUUUGGGUACUAUAGAUGGUGAAAUUCGUCCUGAUAACAAUGCUAACUCUACUUAUAGCGAACCUGACAUUAAAGAAGAUUCUCCGGGCAAAGGCGGCGUCGAAUACGCUAACAUCUUGCGCGUGAUGGCCGGACUCAACGAAGAGAUAAAGGCUCUCCGAGAGCGAGUGAGCGCCUGCACGGCCGAGAACGACAAGCUGCGCGACGUGCGCGACGAGCUGCUCGCCGCGCAGCACGAGCCGCGCCCGCACGACGACGAGGACGUCGCCACCUACCGCGCCCGCCUCGCUGACCUGCAGGAACAACUCACGAAGUCGACAGUUGCGGAGGAGGCGAAAGUCGCAGAGAUUCAGCGGCUCGCGACCAACGCGGCUGAGAUGCAGGCCGAGCUUGCGUUCCGACCCACGCGUGCGGACAUCGACGACCUAACUGCGGUCGUGGGCAAGCUGCGCGCCGACCUGCUGUCGCGCGACCAACAGAUCGAGCGCCUGCAAGCCGCCCUCGACGAGCACAGAAACAAAGUCGACAGGGCCGUCGAGACGUCCACCUCGCUCGAGGAUCUCCGUGUCGCCGUCGACGACACCAUCGACGAGAAGCAGAUCUCUGCCAAGAUCGACGAGAUGUUCAACAUCGACGACGACGACGACGAGGACGAGGAGACCGAUUCCGCGGUCACCGAGAUCGACAAGGACGACGGCGCGGUCGGCUCGCAACCCGACACGGUCGGCGUCGUCAGCGAGUACCUGAGACUUGACGACGAGGAGCGGCUGCAGGUCACGAUGCAGAACGGGACCCUUCACGCCCUCGAGGAGGAGUUGGUGCGAGCCAAAGAGAGAUGGGCCGAGGUGUGCGCCGAGCGAGCUCGCCUGGCGGCACAGCUGGCAACGGUGCAGAACAAGCCGCUCCGCCUGGACCUGUCGCACGCGGUGGCGCUGGCGGUGCCGGUGCUGGUGGCCUGCCUUUACUACCUGUUGCUGCCCUACGUCUCCUGAUGGACCGCCACGUGGGACCCGCCCGGUUACGCGUAGCCCCGACAUUCGCCUGCGACGGUCGGACGGGCGUCGCGGUGGGACAUUUGAAGUUCAAACUUUGCUCACUAAUCUUCUAUCUUUUUUAUCGAGAAAUAUAAUUGAAUUUCGAAAGCGAGCUUCCGCAACGAUAUCGACUCGCUCGGCCUUAGCGCCGCCGGGGCGUCGCGAGUUAGAGACGUUAUCGACCGAAGGUUAAAGAUAUUUAUGAAUUAGAAUAAUUUAAAAUAUAUUUUAAAAGUUACGAUAAAUAUUUCAUUAUUGUCGGCCAUCGUCUCGCCGACUGGUGUCGGUCGAGUCGAGGCUGCGGUGGCCGGCUCGCUGGAGCUUGCACCGGAAGUGCCAUGUUGAAGUGUGAGUGGCGUCGCGACGCCGCGCCGGUCGAUGCACGUUGUUAACGCAUGUAAGAUACUAGUGUUGUUUUUGUAAAAAGCGUCGAUAUCCUAUUGAUAAAUAUAAAUUUGUUGUUGAUCGAUAUCUGCCAUAAUAAAUAACUGUACAUUUUAAUCUUAAGGCCUAAUGACUGUCUUGAGUUUUAUUAGGUAAAUUGUGCGAGCUAUAUAAAUACAUUUUCAGUCGUACGAUAUAGGAGUGGAGUCCGAUUUUCCAUUUGAAAUAUCAAAGGUGUCCUGGAUAGUGUGUUCAUCGUUAUAUAUGUAGGGUUGUGUCACCGAUCGCUGGACCGCAGCUGAACCAUUACACGUUCUAACUCCGCUUUCGAGAGCUACACAUAUCACUUUGUAUAGGUUUACGAAAUAACGAGGUGCGGGCAUUCGUUCAUAUAUUUGGCGGGCAGAUUUCUUCGAAUAUUUUGCAUUUUUCUAGUCUAUAGAAACGACGUAGAUAUUGUUGCAUGACAUUUGGCUCUCGUGACCGCCGUAUCGCUCAGCUCCUUACUGCUUCUCGAUUGUAAAAUUAUGAAGUUAUUUCAUUAUGUUUGGAUUUAUGGUUUUCGAGAAUUGGUUUAUAUAUUAUUUUAGCUGAGUACGGCAAACAGCCUAAGGCGGAGCCCUCAUGUUCUGAUUUAUUUAUACUUCUAUUAAGCACCGAUAUACGCAGCUAUAAGUGUUUCGUAGAUUUUGAUACUUUGAAAUAAUAAAAUGGGAGAUUAUUUGAUUAAAGUAGCAUUACUCGCAGCAUAGCUUUUGUCAGGUUUGCACAUUGGUUCGGUAAGAGUUUAUGUUUGGUCCAAAUUUUCUUUAUAAAGCGUUUGUUUACCGGCUAUGGAGUUCUAGCGGUACCUUGUGGCGACAGUCUCACCUGGCGCUAGUGAUCUGCGAGCUUGGUUGCAUGAGAUCGCUUUGCUCUGUGAUGUGAAGGCCAAUAGAUAAUUUGUAACAAACGUAUAACUAACAAAUUAUUAAUUAUAUCCCUAGAUUAACUGUAACUAUACCACGUUGAAUCACUAUCUUAUAAAGAAAAUAUUUAUUAUUUUAUUGUUGCACUGAUUUUGUUACGUUCAAUGUUUUAUUUUGUGUUUAAACCACCUUAUUGUAAAUAAAUCGUAUCUUACUACCUAUGUUUAGUUUCUUGCUGUCGAAGACUUUUAUGUUGUAUUUUAUGGAGUAAAUAAAGCAUUCAAUGUGGAUGUAC